GUCCUGGCCAUGGCAGGCCUCUCGGACCUGGAGCUGCGGCGGGAGCUGCAGGCCCUGGGCUUCCAGCCAGGACCCAUCACCGACACCACCCGGAACGUCUACCGCAACAAGCUGCGCCGCCUGAGGGGCGAGGUCCGGCAGCGCGGCGAGGAGCGGCUGCGGGAGGAGGCCCGGGCAAGGGGCGAGGAGCGGCUGCGGGAGGAGGCCCGGCUGCGCGAGGAGGCUCCGCUUCGCGCCCGGCCCGCCGCGUCCUCCCUGCGGUCGGAGCCCUGGCUCUCCCCGCCGGCCUCGGGCCCGGCCUACGCGACCUCUGGGGCCUACGGCGACAUCGGGGCCUCCGCCGCUUCCUGGUCCAGGAGCCGCGGCCUCGCCUACCCACCCCGCCCCGCGCCGCUCAGACGCCGCGCCUCGGUCCGGGGCAGCUCCGAGGAGGACGAGGACUGCCGGCCACUCGACAGGGCCGCGCCGGGUCCCGGCCACGGAGUCCGUCGGUGGUGGGCCUCGUCCCCGGCCCCGGUGCGGCCGUCCUCCGCCCUCCUCGGUCCCGACCCGCGCCCGGGCCUGCGGGCGACGAGAGCGGGCCAGGCGGGCGCGGCGCGGGCCCGGCCCGAGGUGGGGCGGCGGCUGGAGCGCUGCCUCUCCCGGCUCCUGCUCUGGGCCAGCCUGGGGCUGCUGCUCGUCUUCCUGGGCAUCCUCUGGGUGAAGAUGGGCAAGCCCUCGGCGCCGCAGGAGGCGGAGGACAACAUGAAAUUAUUGCCAGUGGACUGUGAGACAAAAACAGAUGAGUUCUGUCAGGCCAAGCAGAAGGCGGCCUUGCUGGAGCUGCUGCACGAGCUGUACAACUUCCUGGCCAUCCAAGCGGGUAAUUUUGAAUGUGGAAAUCCAGAGAAGCUAAAAAGCAAAUGCAUUCCUGUAAUGGAAGCCCAGGAAUAUAUAGCAAAUGUGACCAGCAGCUCCUCCGCCAAGUUUGAAGCCGCACUGACCUGGAUACUGAGCAGUAACAAGGACGUGGGCAUCUGGUUGAAAGGGGAAGACCCGUCUGAGCUGGUGACCACGGUGGACAAGGUGGUCUGCCUGGAGUCCGCCCGCCCCCGCAUGGGUGUCGGCUGCCGCCUGAGCCGCGCCCUGCUCACGGCAGUCACCAAUGUGCUCAUCUUCUUCUGGUGCUUGGCCUUUCUGUGGGGGCUCCUGAUCCUCCUGAAAUACCGGUGGCGGAAGUUGGAAGAGGAAGAGCAGGCCAUGUAUGAGAUGGUGAAGAAGGUUAUAGAUGUGGUCCAGGACCACUACGUGGACUGGGAGCAGGACAUGGAGCGCUACCCAUACGUGGGCAUCCUACACGUGCGUGACACCCUGAUCCCGCCACAGAGCCGGAGACGCAUGAAGCGGGUCUGGGACCGGGCCGUGGAGUUCCUGGCCUCCAACGAAUCCCGGAUCCAGACAGAGUCCCACCGCGUGGCCGGAGAAGACAUGCUGGUGUGGAGAUGGACUAAGCCCUCUUCCUUCUCUGACUCAGAGCGAUAA